UAUGAAGCGAUGUGCUACGAACACUAAACGGCAGGUGAAGGAGAAGCAAGUGCAUGGGCAGAGCAAACGCCAACGGACAACGAGAAGAUACGUUGAUCGACUGUAUGAAGUUCUUCAGUCUAGCUACAUGGCCGUGUCGUCUGUGUUUCGGACGAAUCUAGUAGGCAACGAGGAAGUCGAGGAAAAGGAAAACAGCUUGAUGACAGAGGUCCAAGACGAUGUCACUUUGGGAGAUUUGACCGUCCGCUCUGAUGCGUACGUCAAACAUAGUACCUUCCAACGACCUCUGCCCACGGGGAACGUUGUGGAUGUAAUUGAUCUGACAGUGCUUCCCGUACCAGAGACAAAUACUGUUGCAGAGAGAGAUGUUGGAGGGUUGUCACACACUAGACAGUCUCAUGUGUCACAUCAGAGAGGUAAAGGAUCGACUGUAUGUCGUCGUUCGAAACAAAGUGAACAGAAAAGUAGCCAAUUAUUUCAUCCCUACGUUCGGUAUCGUGUGGCCAAUAGAAAUCCUGUGCAGUUGGCUGAGAAAGAAAAAUAUCGAGAGAAGUUGUCAAAGAGGUAUAGUCAGUAUCAAGUCAACUCUCUGACUGCAAGGAACUUGGAACGGGCACAGGAGAAAAGACAGUAUUUGAACCUUCUUAGUUCAUUAACUGAUGGUAGUUUGCAAAUUUCUGAUCAAGAUAAGGCGACUCAUCAUACCGUACCACGAUUAUUUCAUCCAACUGGCCUUGGCCAUCAGUUAGCAUCAACCCAGUCAACUGUUGUUUCUAAAAUAGAACAGCAAACUUCUGUUGAAGAUCGUCUGUGUGAUGCAAAGAGUAUUUUAUCAUUCAGCGUUGCUGAAAAACCAGUUAAAAGCCAGCAACAGGUAGAUGUAGGUAUGUCACUUGAUGCCAAGCAAGCUGAACGGGAACGUGCACGUACCUAUAUCCCAACGUCAGAAAUAAAAGAGAUACCACAGCUAUCUACACACAGCCCAGCACUCAGUAGUCAAGAUGUCAUGUAUCUAGGAACUACGCGUCGACAGAAAUCACUGAACCUUCACAGUGUCAGUAGAAGGGUUACAACACCUGAAGUAGUUGAAAUACUGGAUUCUCCUGAGAUGAAACCAGUGCAACUCCUGCCCGAGCAUGUUUCACCAGUUGCUUAUAGAAGGACUCCAUAUAAUAAAAUAUGGCUGGAUGGUUUCAAGUCUAGACGAGAUGAGAGUAACAUGAAUUUAGAGCAGAAAAUAACUAUUGUGAACAAGGAGAGGGAAGAUUAUCAACAGUAUACUGCAGACAUUGAACGAGAAAUAGAACAUAAGGUACAGCAAUUAUAUCUUCAGUCACAUACGACAGAUCUAUUUGUUCCUCUAACAGCAAACCAAACAAUGAUAGUCAACAGGGCAUUUUCUGCUGGUCCGGCAGAUGAGAUUCUUUCAGAAUUGUUUAACAUUCAAAUUAAGCGACGAGACAUCGCUACUCUGUCCGGGAUGGAGUGGCUUAACGACGAGAUCAUAAACUUUUAUUUUAAUCUCAUCGCAGAUAGAAGUAGGAAGCAACCCAACCUUCCUAAAGUUCACGUGUUCAAUACCUUCUUUUACCCAACACUCUUGAAGAACGGGUAUAGUCGAGUGAGACGAUGGACAAAGAAAGUGAAUAUAUUCAAUAUGGACCUGGUGCUGCUCCCGAUUCACCUGGGAAUACAUUGGUGUCUCGCUACCAUCGACUUCCGUGCCAAGUGCAUCUGCUAUUUCGACUCCAUGAAGGCAUCCAAUACAAAGUGCCUACGGUUGCUUGCUCAGUAUUUGCCACAAGAAUCACAGGACAAGCUAAAAAAGUCGUUUUCGAUGGAUGGAUGGAGAUAUGAGUCACUUCAGGACAUUCCAGAACAGAUGAAUGGAAGUGACUGUGGUGUAUUUGCUUGCCAGUAUGCUGAAUACACGUCUAGGGACGCACGUAUAGACUUCACACAAGAACAGAUGCCCUACUUUAGAGAGCGGAUGGUUUAUGAGAUCGUGAGCAAAGAACUGUUGUAAGAGGCAAGAUUAGUUGUCGCACCUAUUUUUGACAGUAAUGGUUCACUAUAGAUAUUUAAUUCUAUGCUUUUAGAAUUUGUUAUGACAAAGUCAUGUUCUUGAGUUCAAUACUUGUUAAUUAAAAUCAAAUGCAGCAUUAUGUUUACAAUUCUUGCUGAUGCGAAUAAUAAACGCUUAUUUAAUCAAACUGUUG